UUUAAGAAUUACGGAUCUGGGAGUGACGCCGCAAUGAAAUCCAGUUGAUCCUUUUCGCUUUGCAACGAAAAUUAGUUGUGCACGCGCACAAGUAGCUUGCGCUGGCGACCUGCCUGCUGUUUAUGUGUCGCGCGCGAAAGUGGAAAAAAAGAAAUGACUCGCUUUUUUUGAUCCGUUGUUGAACAUAUGUUACUCUUUUAAGUUGGGAUAACUUUUCCGCCUUGUAGAGUGGAGCAGGAGAGCUGAACAUGGACUGGGGCACUGAGCUUUGGGACCAAUGUGACAUCAUUGAAAAACACACACAAUCUGGGCUGGACCUGGUGGAGAAAUAUGUGAAGUUUGUAAAGGAGCGCACAGAGAUUGAACAAAAUUACGCAAAGCAACUACGGAAUUUAACCAAGAAAUACAGCCCUAAACGAGGCAGCAAAGAAGAGCAGGAAUGCAGGUUCUCUAAUCACCAGGCCUUUCUGGACAUCCUGAAUGAGAUGAAUGACUAUGCGGGCCAGAGGGAGCUAAUUGCUGAGAACAUGAUGAUCAACAUCUGCAUUGAGCUCACCAAGUACCUGCAGGAACUCAAACAGGAGCGCAAGAUGAAUCUUUCAGAAGCCAAAAAAGCACAGCAAUCUCUGGAGGGCACCUACAAGCAGCUCGACAAUAGUAAAAAGCGGUUCGAGAGGGAAUGGAGAGAAGCAGAGAAGGCCGCACAAUAUGCAGAGAAAACUGAUCAGGAUCUCAAUGCCACCAAAGCUGAUGUGGAGAAGGCCAAACAGCAGGCGCAUAUGCGCACGCAUAUAGCAGAGGAGUGUAAGAACGACUACGCUGCCCAACUGCAGAAGUACAACAAGGAACAGAAUCAAUUCUACUUCACAGAAAUGCCCCUUAUUUUCAACAAGCUGCAAGACAUGGAUGAACGGCGUAUCAAAAAGCUGGCCCAAGGCUACAUCCUAUUUGCAGACACGGAGCGCCACGUCAUGCCGAUCAUUGGAAAGUGUCUCGAGGGCAUCACCCGAGCUGGCACGAAUGUCAAUGAAAGAAACGACUCAGUGGUUCUCAUAGAGCAGCAUAAGUCUGGCUUCGAGAGACCAGGAGAUCUGGAGUUUGAGGACUACAGUCAGGGAAUCAACCGAGCCUCCUCAGACAGCAGCCUGGGCACUCCUAAAGGUCCCCUAGAGCUGCUGGGCAAGAACAAGAACAAAACCUUCCGGUUGUUCUCUAAGAAGAGCAAGCUCCCCUCGUCCUCACUCAGUCCUUUCUCGACACCCCCCACCCCCUCGCCCGCUAACGGACCCCCCUCCCCCAAGUUUGGCCGGGACCCCCUGUCGUACUAUUUGAAGGAAAUCAAUAAGACAGUCAAACCCAGAAUCUCUUCCUUCCGGACCCUCAAAAGAACGCCUGUGGACUCUGAGGGCUUUACCCAUCUCCCACCUGAGCAGCGCAGGAAACGCUUGCAGCAGAAGAUCGAUGACAUCAGCAAAGAGCUGCAGAAGGAAAUGGAUCAGAGUGAGGCUCUGGGAAAGAUGAAAGAUGUGUAUGAAAAAAACCCUCAGAUGGGUGAUCCUGCCAGUUUGGCCCCUCAGAUCACUCAGACAUCACAAAACAUGGAGAGACUGAGAGGAGAACUCGGCAAAUAUGAGUCCUGGCUCACAGAAGCAGGGGGCAGAGGAGACUCAAUACGAUACUCGACUCACUCUCUGAACAAUAACGGUGCCCCUAACCACAACAGUCCGGUAGCCCUCUCAGAUGACACUGACCCUUCCCAGGCCAUCUACACAGAAUUUGAUGACGACUUUGAGGAAGAUGAACUUCCUAUACCUAUUGGUCAAUGCACAGCACUCUACAAUUUCCCAGGCUCCAGUGAGGGGACCAUAUCCAUGCAGGAAGGGGAGGUUCUCGCUGUAGUAGAGGAGGAUAAGGGUGACGGAUGGACUCGAGUGCGCAGGAACAACGGAGACGAGGGCUACAUACCGACUUCUUAUGCUACCAUCACCCUAAAUAAAUGACCUCCUUUACCUUCACUCACUGCAGCAGAGAUGCACUAUACCAAACACUAUGAGUAGCUUCACAUUACCACUCAUUACGGCCCAACAUGGCUUGCUGCUGCUCUCAGAACGAGAAUUUAGGAGGAAAUACUGCACUACACCCUUCCCCUAAGGAUAAGCGAAUUUCUCAGGGUGUGCUUUAUUUGAGUAAAUGAGCUGUUAUUUAACAUGCAUGGAAAAGAUGUAGCAGGGUGCCAUGUACUUGAGCAACUAUAGCUUAACAGACACAUCAGUUCCUGUGGUGGCUAACUACAUGGUGACUUUUGAUAGCAUUCUGUCUGUGGAUCAAAAAACUGCUUUUUUUAUAUUUUGUCUGAAUGAUCCACUCAAUAUGGCCUCCACAAAUAUCUUCCAUCUGCACCUAGAUAACAUGAUUUCGGGUCUGUACAGGAGCAAAAAUCCCGACCAUCUCUGCUGACAGAAAUAUAGCAAAAAAGCAGCAAUUUAACGAAGUAUUUUUUCGGAAUGGCCAAAAACAUUUUACGACAGCAAGUCUUGAAAAUGCUUCCGUAUGUGUGCAGUAACAAUGGUUUGAAUACCACAUCUAUGAGUUGAUAAGACCUAACAUUUUUGUGAAAUGAAAAUCAUGAACAAUUCCACCCAAGUAAUAUUAAGUAGUUGUCAUAAUUGUCUUUUUUUUUUCCAUAUAAGACUGUUCCACAAAUACACACGAUGACAUACUCAGCAGUACAAAAUUAUGACAAUCAGAACCUUCUCAGAAUCUACAGAAUAAAGCCACAGUUCUCAAAUCUAAAAGUAUAUAGUACAUAAAUAGUUUGUUGAAAGAAUAUAAUUUAUUGAGGAUAUAAAUACGUUUGUAUAUUAAUUGAUAAUCACAUUUAUAUAAGAGGUAAACUGCACACGUUUGCUAUUUCAUAUAGAUUAACAAGAUGCACAAUGUACUUGUUACUAAGACAAAAUGACAAGAUUAUUUUAGACAACAGAAACAAAGUUAGGAUUUUCAUAUAUGAAAUAAUAUAUUUUAGCAUAACACCACUAUUGUCUUAUUAGCUUUUUAUUCUUGAGGAAUAAAGAUAGUAUAGUUAAGAGUAGAUUUCUAAGGAAACAAGCUUCUAUGUUCUCCAUUGUGUUUGUCUUUGAUGGAUCCUAAGGCAGAACUGUUAAUAUUUGGCUAAGUCAAGGUGCCUUCAAUCUUGUUUUUUGUACCAUAUUCAGAACCCACUAUUUUAUUGUCUUAAUAAAUGUCCAGCACAUUUUCAAGUUGA